UGGGACCCAAACUUGUUUCAGGAAAAAGCGCCUGAACAUAUUUUUUUCUGUCGCUGCUGCUGCUGGAAGAAACAGGACGGCCGUGUCUGUGCCAAGGAGAAGGCGUAGACUUCCUCCAAACAUUUCCUCCGCCAUCUCCGCUUUCGAGACUCAAAAGUUUUUGUGGAAUCUUUUGUAACGAGAGGACUUUUUAUCUGUUUUUUCUUCCACCACCACCACCACCACCACCUGGUUGUUCCCUUCUCUGAGGAAGGAUUCCUGCUUUUCCCACAACUUUUUUUCCUAGUUGCAGCAGACAGACAUGGACUGGGGAACAGAUCUUUGGGACCAGUAUGAUCACAUUGACAAGCAUACGCAGUGCGGCCUCGACCUGGUGGAGCGUUACAUAAAGUUUGUGAAGGAACGGACGGAGAUAGAGCAGAGCUACGCCAAACAGCUCAGGAGUCUUUCAAAGAAAUAUGCAAAACGAGGGAGCAAAGAGGAGCAAGACUGCAAAUUCAGCAAUCACGCAUCAUUCCAGGAGAUCCUGAACGAGCUGAACGACUACGCCGGCCAACGGGAGCUCAUCGCCGAAAACAUGAUCACCGGCAUCUGCGUGGAGCUCACCAAGUACCUCCAGGAUCUCAAACAUGAGCGCAAAACGCACCUGUCUGAUGCCAAGAAGGCCCAGCAGAAUUUAGAGGGCAGCUUUAAACAACUAGAAAGUACUAAAAAGCGAUUCGCUAAGGAGUGGGGAGAGGCUGAAAAAGCCACACAACAAGCAGAGAAAACGGAGAACGACCUCAAUGCCACCAGGCUCGACGUCGAGAAGGCCAAGCAACAUGCCCAUGCCCGCACACACACGGCGGAGGAGUGCAGGAACGACUACGCAGCACAGCUCCAGAAAUACAACAAGGAACAAAACUUCUUCUACUAUACAGAGAUACCGCAGAUCUUCAAUAAAAUGCAGGACAUGGACGAGCGGAGGAUUCGGCGGCUGGCGGAGGGCUACUGCCAGUUUUCAGACAUCGAGAAGAAAGUGCUGCCCAUCAUCACCAAGUGUUUAGAGGGAAUUUCUACAGCGGGGGUGAAAAUUGAUGAGAAACAGGACUCGAUACUGUUCAUCGAGCAGCACAAAUCUGGUUUUGAGCGGCCUGCAGAUGUGGAGUUUGAAGACUACACCCAAGGAAUUAAACCAGCGACCUCUGACUCGAGCCUCAACCCUCCUAAAGUGCGCGCCAAGCUCUGGCCUUUCAGCAAGAAGCACAAGCCGCCUCCUGCAGAAGAUUUCUCUCACCUUCCUCCAGAGCAGAGGAAGAAGAGGCUGCAGGCAAAGAUUGAUGACAUCACUAAAGAGCUGCAGAAGGCGCAGGACCAAAGUGACGCACUGGAGAAGAUGAAGGGCGUGUAUGAGCAGAAUCCACAGAUGGGAGACCCCUCCAGCCUGGAGCCUCAGAUCUCAGAAACAGCCCAGAACAUUGGCCGCCUGAGGGGGGAGCUCGCCAAAUAUGAGACGUGGCUGUCUGAAGCAGUGGGAGGAGAGGAAACUUCCAACACCAUCAACAAUGAUACUCAACAUGGUGUUGUAGCAGCUGAACCGUCUCAGAACCUCUACACAGAGUUCGACGACGAGUUUGAUGACGUAGAAACUCCUAUCGGCCAGUGCACGGCUCUGUACACUUUUGAAGGCAACAGUGAGGGCACCAUUUCCAUUACAGAGGGAGAGCUGUUGAGCGUAAUGGAGGAUGAUAAAGGAGAUGGAUGGAUGAGAGUCCUUAGAGCCAGUGGAGAAGAGGGCUAUAUACCUUCAUCCUAUGUCAAAGUUAAUGAGUAACACACACACACAUACACACACACUUCAAGCUUGUGAUGGAAAGCAAGUUAAGAGCCAAAGGUGAAUACAAAGUCAUCCACGGUAAUUGGAGCUGCUCUCAUCUUUUAUCUCAGCCAGUGACGUGUAUAGUGAGAUGAAAGUGAGUGAUUAGGAAGCUUGUUAUCGAGGCUGAUUGUAAUAUCGUACAGUCUCUGUCUCCGCGGCGGGAGAGGCCGUCUCUAAACCCAGACCGCCUGAUCUUUUUUAUAGAUUUCAGCUGUUUUAAAAUCCAAACUUUUGAAUGUAUACCUGAACUUUUUGGUCACGCUGUUAGGUGACGCCUCAUAUAACAUAUUCAGCAUCAUAGUAGCCUAAAAGCUACAUUUCUUUACAUAUCCAUUCACUUGACUUUACCCACUUCCAUCUCUAAUAACCUGCUGAUCUUUUUGUAACACCAACCCUCUGCUAAAACCUCUUUUCUGACAGGAUAAUGUGACUUUUUUUUUUUUUUUUUUAAUCAAAGUGAUGUUUUAUAACUGGAUGAAAACCACUACUCUAUAGGGAGUGCACAAAAUAUGAUAUCUCUUAAUGGACUGUCACUGUAAAGGAUAGGGUUUUUUAUGUCCUUAAAGAAAAAAUGUCAGCAUUUUUCAACUUGUACUUUUAUUUCCUCCCAUGUUUUUGUGUCUGACUAAUGGGGACAGCAAUUGUUCAAAUUGGUCCAGUAUUGAGUGAAAGCGCCACAGCUGCAGUGUAAUCACUCAGGGCAAUUGUCAACAGUCAAUUUCUGUGUACUAAAAGUGCUUGUUUUUGACUCUGAAAGGCUCAGAUUGUUAUUUUAAGUGUCUAACAGCAUUAUGGAAAGGGCCCUUCAGGGACAUUUUUUUUUAUUUUCCUUUCGCUUGAUCUGUACGAUUUGUUAUUGUGUCCAAUCAAGUCUAGCUAAAGGAGAAGGCUCUGAAAUCUCGCAGGAAGUGUGGUGUGAAGAUAACAGGAGUGAGAGAGAAGAGUGCCAGGGAAAGUUUGUUGUGAGGUACAGAAAGUGUAGUUUAUUGUUAUUGCUGAAUAUUUGACUUAUUUUUACGUGAAUGUGGACAAGCCCCUUAAUCGAGUUUUUGAAUUUAUACAAAAUAAGCAGAAACCAAAUUUUAGGAAUGUUUCUCACCCGGCAGUUAUAAUACCACACUGUGAUAUUACUCCACAAGUAAAAGUCCUUACUUUAGUAAAAGUACUAAAGUGUCAGCAUCAAAAUGUACUUAAAGUAUCAAGAGUUAAAGUACUUGUGAUACAGAAUGAACCUAUUCAUUGGGAUUGUUUUAUAUAUUCUAAAUAUAUUAUUGGAUUAUUAUUAUUGAUGCAUUUAUUUUGGUAGCAUUUAACUGUCAGUGUAGGGCUCAUUUUAACUACUUAAUAUACUGUUAUGCAGUUUAAUUUAUAAAAAUGGAUCACAUUUUUCAUGUUAAAUCUUGACCUGAAAAGUAUCUAAAGUUGUCUGUAGUGGAGUAAAACAUACAAUAUUUGCCUCUAAUGUAGUGAAGUAGAAGUAUAUAGUUAUGUAAAGUACUUGAGUAAAUGUACUUAGUUUAAUGUGUCAGAUCAUGUGAUUUAAGAUUAAGCUACUUGAGUGCAGUUUGUUUAGACCCAAUAACAAAGAAUGGAUCAAGCAAAAAGUAAUCAAAAUCAUUUAAAUUCUCUGCAGGGUCACGCCUGUCAGUGGCAAAAACAAUCACUUUUAGUGGAUGUACACUGCAACUGCCUCAAAGGAUUUAGAGUUUAAAGCAAGAAUAGAUUUAAGAGCCUGAAGCCGUCCAGGAGAAAAUGUUUAUAAUGUUUUGAACUUAGCAUUGUCUGUAUUUAAAGAAGCUGAAUGCUGGAAGUCAUGCAGGCACGGUGCCUGAAAACUGAAAACCCGCCUAUGGAUGACAGUGCACCCCGUUCUGGGGUUGCAUCACUUCGCUUAAUACUGGACAAAUUUCAAAUAUGAGAUUGUUGAACCGCAAAAAUAAGCCUGGGCGGUAUUAUAGUAUUUUUGGUUUAGUCCUAAUGAUAAAGGUGAGCCACGUAUCGAGCUGUUUUUGGGUGAUUUUUGGCAUUUCUUUUUCAAAUAUGAUUGAAAAAGCAAUUACUGCCCCAGCCUACAUGAAGACAUGGGAAAAUAGGGUCCAGGCUGAAAAGUUUCCCUUUAAAAACAAUAGUCAGGCGCCUUUAUGAACACUGAAAUAAGGUUUGCUUGCUUUAAUCAUUAGUCGUGUCAGUCUGGCCCUGAAGAGACUCAGCUAAUGUGCUUUAAAGUGAUGGGGAACAAAGUAAACAGUCCUCAUACUGGGUGAAGUUUUUCUGAAACUAACGAGGCUUCAGCAGUUUGAGUUCGACUAAUCAAGUGGGUAUCUUUCAAAGUGUUUUACCAUAAAUGUCUUUCUGCUUUCCUGUGACUCAGCAGAAAAAGACUCCCUUGAUAUGAGUAACUGAAAAGUGCUGGAGCCUCAUAAUUAGCUUCAAAUAAAGUUUGGAAUAUAUUUCACACAAUCACAAGAUCUGUGGAUUUUGUUCCCUAUAAGUGACAUUGAAAGCACUUUAGUCAGGAGUGAUUUAACAGUCAUGGAAAAAAUUAUUAGACCGCCCUUGUUUUCUUUGAUUCCUUGUUCAUUUAUAUAAAUAUAAUGAUAGCAACAAAAAAAGCUCAUAAGAGUUUUAUUUAAGAUCUGAUGUCUAGACAUUUUCCAUGGUUAUUAUCAACAAAACCAUGGAAAAUGUCUAGAUAUCAGCUCUUAAAUUAAACUCUUAUGUGCUAUUUUUGUUGUCAUCAAUAUAUUGUCCAAACAAAUAUACCUUUAGUUGUACCAGGCAUUUUAUUCCAUGACUGUAAGGACAGGAGGAGGAAUCAAGCAAAAACUGCUUCAAUGUACACACAAGCAUGGGAGUACUGUUUCAAGAAGUAAAAUAAUAAUUUAUCCUGGUCUUUAAACUACAUGAAGUGAGAUUUUCAAAGAAACUCCUUUUGCAAUAUAUUGUGAAAAAGCACAGUGGCAAUUAUGGUUCAAGGUAAGAAAAAAUACAGUUUCUAUCAUGUUAUCGUCCCUGACAGAAAUACUUGGUGAACUGCCUGCGUUUGAGGUUGCUGCUUCAGAAAUCACAUAUAGCACUGACGUCAUAAAACUAAAAAUAUAUGCAACUCAAAAGUGAAUGAUGAGCAGUUAUAAAGCCCUCUUCUUCACUUAUGAAUCGCACAGAUAUUGCAGAGCGGUCUUAAUUCAAUUCUUGUCUUUAAAUGGUUCUUCUCUGAUGGUUUCUUUUUAAUGUCUCUCAUAAACUUAUACUGUAAUUUUUUGCACAGUUUAACCGCCUGUUUUCAUAUUUUGAGUCUCCAGGCCUCUGAAUCUCACUCUCAAACGUCUGAAAUAAUUGAUAUCAAUAAAACAACAACCUGUGAUUCAUCUGAAUAUCUGUACUGAAAUACAGAUGACCUGUUCAACUGAAUUUCCAAAGAAGUAAUGACACCAGGAUUCAAAAGAAGGAAAUGGGUGUGUUAAAAUGGAUCACUGCCCAGAGUGAUAAACAGUAACAACAAACAUGUACUUUUGAAAUCUGAUGGGAGUGUUUAAAGAACCAAUCCAGACUCUUGCUUUAAAUAAAAAACUUUCUGUUAUGGUCAAUCAACUAUUUACAAACUUAAGAAUUACUUCUACUUUUACCUUGUUGAAAAAUCAGAAUCUAUGAAUAUUACAAUGGAGUAUUAGGGCCACAUUUAGGAAAAAAACCAUUUAAUUACGAGAUUAAAGUUGUAAAUAUUGAAUUAAUUACGAGAAUAAGGUCGAAAAUAUUGAAUCAAUUACGAGAAUAAAGUCGUACAUAAUUGGUUAGCUGUUCUACUUAAAACGGUUCCUUCUGCGAAAAGAUGCAGUUUCUUGCAUAUUCUUUUGAAAGUCCUUACACUUAUGAUAAUGUGAUGCUGA